UGUGGCAAGCUCCUCUUCAGAAGCGAGCCGUUGGGGCCGUCGUCAACGAUAGCCCCCGACGACGCAGUGCAUUUGUCGUGUGGAGAUUUAUAUCGGCAGUCGAAUGAUUAUCUUAACGCGUGGCGUUCAUUGUAAAGGUGGAGGGGGGAAUAUUCUUAGGUUUUUUCGGUUAAGUCACGUAAGUAAAACAUCAAAAUAAAAUAAAAAUAAAAAUCACGACGUUUCGGAGGCAACACAAGUCUCCGUCAUCAGGCCUCCCUGUGCCCCAAUCUGCUGCCCCAGCACCGUCAUAGCCAACCCAUCAGUGCUCAGCAUGGCCUGUAACGAGGAGGCCCUGCUGGACCUCAUGUUGCGCACGGGGUACAACAUGAUCCAGGAGAACGGGCAGAGGAAGUUCGGACCACCGCCCGACUGGCAGGGGCCCCCGCCCGCACGUGGCUGCGAGGUGUUUCUGGGGAAGAUCCCGCGCGACCUCUACGAGGACGAGCUGGUGCCCGUGCUGGAGACGGUGGGGAAGCUCUACCAGCUUCGCCUCAUGAUGGAGUUCAGCGGAGAGAACCGCGGCUACGCGUUCGCCACCUACACGACGCGCACCCACGCCGUGGCCGCCAUCAAGAAGCUCAACAACUUCGAGAUCCGGCCCGGACACCCCUUCGGAGUCUGCAUCAGCGUGGACAAUUGCCGCCUCUACAUUGGGGGGUUGCCAAAGGACAAGAAGCAAGAGGAGGUGAUGAUAGCCAUGAGUUGUGCCACGGAUGGCGUUGUGGACGUCAAGAUGAGCGUCUGUCCCUCCGACAAAACCCGCAACCGAGGCUACGCCUUCAUCGAGUACGAGAGCCAUCGCGCGGCCGCCAUGGCCCGGAGGAAGCUCGUUCCAGGCACCUUCCAGCUAUGGGGCCAGACCAUCAAGGUGGACUGGGCCAACCCGGAGCGGGACACGGCAGUGGCGGCUGCGGCGGCGGCAACGGAAAACGAGGAGGAUGCGGCGACGUCGGGCUUGCGCGGGGGCCGCGUGCUGCUGCUGCGUCGCCUGCCCGAGGGGGCCCCCGACGAGGCGGUGCGCGGCGCCGUGGAGGAGGCGGCGGCGCCCGAGCUACUGCAGCUGGAGCGCACGGGCGCCGGCGACGCCGCGCUGCUGCACUUCCGCUCGCGGGGGGACGCGGCCGCGGCCCUGCGUGCGCUGCGCGGGGCCGCCCUGCUCGGGGCGCAGGUGGAGGUGUCCUACGCUGCGCUGGGUCGGGACGAACAUUCACAGGGAGAACAACGCGGUGCGGGUGCCGGCCGAGACUCCCCAAGGCCGGGACUCCCUGCCCACCCCAACUCCUCCUCCUCCUCUCCCAGCAGCAGCGGCCGCCGACCGGCCAGCCUCCCUGGCCCCGGUGCGCAGGAAGACGGCGCACACGGCCUGUUUGGGGGCUGGGGGGCACGCACGCAGCAGUGGCGGGUGCCGCGCCACCUGCAGGCAAUGCCCAUCGCUUUUGAGGCGCUGCCGGAGGCGUCGGUGCUGUCAUGGGAGGUGCGACUGCGGGUGCUGUGCCGGCGCGCCGGCCUCGGCUACGUGAACUUCGAGCUGCACGCUCAUUGGGAGUCCGGGAUACCCAUGGGCCUCCUCUACAAGGUUUCGAUUUCCGGGAUUGGAGAAGGUGGCUUCUUCCCCGAAUUUCUGAGCACCAGCGUGGAGGGAGCGCGGGAGGUGGCGAGUCGGCACGUCUACAACAUCCUCAGCAAGGCAAGUCCUCUGAGAAUGUGCCCAGCCCCGGCCGCGACGCUGCCUCCCAGCUGCCCCGUCCAGGCCUUCUCGGCGUACCCUGGCUCCUUCCCCAUGACCCCGCAGCCGGUCACCAUGUACCUGGCAAACAGCUACACGUACCCAUAGUGCACCUCCAUUGCAGCUGCGUUCGUCAGACCACUGACGAUGUUCCACCUACUUGCCCUCGCUUAGCGUUCAUUCCGGACCUUGCACGCAUUGCGGUGUUUAGCGUCAAACCACAAAUUUCUCGGCUACUCGCCCUCGCUUGGCAUUCCCUCCGAACCUCACGUCCAUUGCGGUGUUCACCGUCAAACCACAAAUUGCCCGGCUACUCGCCUCCGCGGUGUUCACGUUCCAUCCAAGCUUCAUGCUGUGCUCAGCCAGCCGCCCCCUUUCCUUUCCCUAUAAAAAAAAGUGCCUCAGACUUCACAUUGCACCUCUCUCAUUUGACUCGUCACCACACCGCCCCGCUUGUGUCCUCAUUCACUCCUUCUCACUGGACCACGCGCCGUUGCCUCACUCGCUAAGCACGUCUGACAAAAUCUACUUCAUGAUGGUUACAUUUCAAUCUUACGACUGUGCGGGCUCUUUUUGCCCACAAUUCUGGUUUUCAAAGCCAUUCAUGGCAAAACUAGCAGUUAGUUUAGGCGAUUGUCAUUUUUUUUUACCAAUUGCUUUACCCUUUUCAAAGUUUCAUGCACUAAAGAGUUAUAUUUUGAGCAUUUAAAAAUGCUAAACGUAAAAAAAAAUACUUGUUUGCGUAGUCCGAUAGUACUUUGAAAAAAAACGACAGAAACCUCGAAAAUAUAAUGAAUUCAGAUGUUCACGUUGUGUUUGACACGUCAACGCUGUUUCGUUUUUAAAAUGUAGGGGGAGAAAAAAAACACUUGUUCACAUCGCGUUCUGAUGUUAAAACAUUCGAUUCUUAAUAGGAUUGAAAAAUCCUUUAAAAUAGCAAUUUUGCUACACAUGGAGAUGGUCGUCUUCACAGGCUCUAUCCUGGUGCCUUGUGUUUCACCCACACACGGCUGUUAAGAGUUCGAUGUUUUAUUGAUUUACAAUGUAGGUGUUUUUUUCCUGCGAUUGUUUUUUAAAAAAUGUUGCAGUGGAAAUAAAAGUCCUGA